AGUCGCAUCCAGCGCUCCGUAUCGGUAGUGUCUUCAGUUCCGCGCCGGACUUCUACCUCUCCUAAUAAUGACAAUACUAACACCGAAUUUAGCAACAAUAUUACCGGUUAGUUCGUAGAUAUCAUUUCUAUUCAUAUUUUCGGGUGGACUUUUAGUCAUAAGAUCACAUAAAAUGGGCGAGCGAGAGAGGAUAGGAAAGAAUACCAUUAGGGUUGGUUUCUAUGAUAUCGAGAGGACUAUCGGGAAGGGAAAUUUCGCUGUUGUGAAACUUGCCAAGCACAGAAUUACAAAAACUGAGGUUGCAAUUAAGAUCAUCGAUAAGAGCCAACUAGAUGCCAGCAACUUGCAGAAAGUGUAUCGCGAAGUCGAUAUAAUGAAAAGAUUAGAUCAUCCUCAUAUUAUCAAGCUAUAUCAGGUGAUGGAAACCAAAAAUAUGAUAUAUUUGGUAUCAGAAUAUGCUAGCCAGGGAGAAAUUUUUGAUUACAUUGCCAGGUACGGUCGAAUGACUGAGGAUCAAUCUAGGAAUAAGUUCUGGCAGAUCCUGUCAGCUGUAGAAUACUGCCACAAUCGUAAUAUAGUACACAGAGAUUUAAAGGCUGAAAAUCUUCUUUUAGACUCCAAUAAUAAUAUAAAGAUAGCAGAUUUUGGAUUUUCUAAUUACUACACAAUAGGCGGCCAGUUGUCAACGUGGUGUGGGUCGCCCCCGUAUGCCGCCCCUGAAGUUUUCGAGGGCAAGAAGUACGUUGGACCAGAAAUUGACAUAUGGAGUUUAGGGGUAGUCCUAUACGUUUUAGUAUGCGGUGCUCUCCCGUUCGACGGUUGUUCACUACAAGCCCUUCGAGACAGGGUACUUUCCGGUAGAUUUAGGAUACCAUAUUUUAUGAGUUCAGACUGCGAAUCUCUCAUACGAAAAAUGUUAGUAUUAGAACCGAACAAAAGGUACAGCAUCCAACAGAUUAAGAAACAUCGGUGGAUGCAAAUGGGUGUACCUCCAAUUCUACCUCCUACCAUUAGCUUUUCUAAUUCUCAACCCAACGAACAAAUUCUGAGGCUGAUGCAAAGCUUAGGCAUUGAUGGAUCUAAGACAAGAGAGUCGAUUAGACUUGGCAGCUACGAUCACCAUGCAGCCAUCUACUACUUGUUGUUAGACAAGCUACGAAGCCAACUGGUAGGGGGUGACAAUCAGACGGGAGCCCGCGAAGCUCAAAGGCGAAGGCCGUCCAACGUUGCUGAGCAAGCGAUGAGGAAGAUUUGCAGAGCCAGUACCACCGAAGACUGCAGAAGGUUGUUACAGAACUCCAGCGGUACACCGACCGCGAGCAAUAGCAAAAUUUGCUCCAAAUCCAACAGGAGUUGUGAUUCUCCGCCCACGCAUGGUAUAGAUGCAGCUAAGUUGUUAGCAGCCACCAACAGUGAAGAUGCUUUGAAGAUAUUAAAUCAAGCUAGUACUAAAACAACGUUUUCUAUGUGUAGUGAGGCCACGAAACUGAUGUCUACUUUGCAGAUGUCCGCUAUACCCUCACCAUCUGUUGACAAUUCGGUUUUUAAGGAAUAUAGCCAUCAGGGACAUGCAUUGCCGUACUUACAGACUGGAAGCUGCCUGCCGUCGUUUGAUAUUCCGGAAACCAAGGGAUCCAUAGGGAGGUUUUCGUCAAAUUACAAAAGUGCAGAAAUUCAAACUCAAUACUCCAGCUCUACCGACGAAGGUGUCGAAACAGAUCUCGAAGACCACCCUCCGCGCCUAAGCUAUACCUCCUCAAAUUCUUCAAGUGGCGUCAUGACCAACUUCAACGCAUCCAAGAGUCUCAGCCAAAACUUAAGCUGUGAUAGCAACUUCGAAAGCCUAGAAUAUCCGCUGUCCGAAUCCAGUGAACUAGCUAGCAGUUUACCCAGUUGCACUUCCACCGAGAAGAAACCCGAGCCGGUAUUGAGUUCGGCCAGCGUCCUUUCAACUCACUAUUCGCUCACAUCGAGGCCGGUUUUUCACAAGCAUAAUCCCCUGUCGCAUAUGUCCAGCUUCAAGACAACAAGGGGAAUAACCAGAUCGCCAGUGGAUUUUCGAGAGGGUAGACGAGCUAGUGAUGGACUCGUCGCUCAACAAGUAGCAGACACUACUAGAGUGGUGGCUUUUAAUUCACAAAAGUUUACUGAAAAACGCAAGGCCAAAGGUGUGUUGGACAUGCACCUAGUUCAACGCGAGAAUCAAAGACUGCAACCCCAGUAUCCAGUACCAGUAAGAGAGACCCCCGAAGAUGUGUCGCCUAGACAGAAUCAAUAUUUGCAACCCAGACCCAACAAAAGGAUCAGUCUGCCAGACAAUUUUAACUACACAAACCCCGGUGUUGAGUCAGUGCAACUCCAAACAGCUAUGCAACACAGGUUGCUCCAACAAAAACGGCAAAUUCUCCAAAAACAGUGCGCUCUAUCCCACCAGUCAACGCCAGUGACGUCCCUAGAAACCACCCACUCGCUGUCUAGACGGCAAAUGCUGCGCCAAGCUAGUUACAAGAUAGCUCAGCAACAACCAGUCUUGCCUCCUCUCCCCUUGUCAGAAUCCGAAAGCAAAGAUCUAUUGGCUUUCCAGGCACUUGUUGAAGGCGCUGGAGAGUCUUGGAACGUUCCUAAUAACUGUCAACUUUCCGAACCAGUUUCACUGCCAACGCCGUCUUGGCAAGCAACGAGUGCUACUUGGAAUCAGGUAUCUCAACGUUUGUAGUGAGCCCUGUUUGUUUACUGUUUGGUUAAAAGGCGGAAAGAAAUAUUUAUUAUUGUCCUUAGUUAAUCAAGAAUCAAAGAUCAAAAUUAAUAUACAACCUCUAUCCUCUACAAUUCAUUUAGAUUCAAAGCAUGUUAAACCAUAACAAAUACAAUCCUUCAUUGCGUGAAUUUGAAAGUUAAUUAGUAACCAAACUAAUUGUUUUUGUACUUUUUUUUUAAUACUUUUGUUAAUAAUUGCCAUCAACAUUCAGACAUAUCACGGUUGUAGUUACUUAUCAGUCAGAGAAUAAUUAAGUUGUUCUAAAUAAAAUGAUAUGAAAGUUUUUAGUUUACGUAACCGUGUAUGGACAAUUAUAAUCGUAGAUUAUGCAAAACUAUCCUUUUAACUCAGUUACAUUUUGAUUACACUAUGCUAUGUGUGUAAAAUUUCUGCCACCAAAAGAAAAAAAAGUGUUCAAGAAAUAUUAAUUUUCAGUCUCAAUACAGGACAUUAUAUAAUUUGAAAGCAUGAAAUCUUACUUCUUCGAUUUCGAUGUAACGUAUUCCACAGCUGUAUCAUCAUCUAUGACGAAUUGGCUUAACAAUUAUAUUAUUUAUCGUUUUAAAAAGUUCGUGGUCCUUUGAGCCAGAUUUAAGUUUCAGCUAGAGAAUUAAUUAAAGCAGUGAAAAAUGACAUGUAUAUGAAUGUAAAUAUAAGAACAAUAAAUUAUUAGCGCUAAAGAGAGACUUACCUUUAGUUGUAAAUAAUAUCAGCACUAGCUGAGGAGAAAAGUCACGUGUCUCGUCGUCGUAGCAGGAAGUAAAGGAAUAAAGUUUACAAGACGUGGUUUGUAAUAAUUCUCUCGGUGAAGACUGUUGCCCAUUGCAACUGCUAGUUUAUAGAUUUCUGAUCUACAGUUUGUUCCUUUCGUUUUAUUUAUCUAGCUACUUCUAUUCGAAUAUCAGGUCCUACGAUCCACACCAUUCUUGGAUCCAAUGUAUGAGUGUUGGUCUCAGACAUCCACGUCAAGCGCAGAUGUGCGAAGCGUGGAAGGAUGGACGCUCAAUUUUUGGUUUACAAGCUUGCGGACAAUAUUGUUUUUGGCCGUCAGUUUGCCCUUUAGUUUCAAACAAUGUUGUUUGAAUGUCAGCGUAAGUCAUUCUCUGUUCAAGGGUUUUAUUACACCAUUGAAGGUUCAGUUUUCUGGAAGCGUCUCUAUUACGAAGGUGGAAGGAGCACACCUAUUGGCAUAAGAUAGUUUGAUUCGUAAUAUAUUGUCAGUAUGUUUAAGGCACCAGCUAGUUUUAUUCCAAGCACGUAUUCCCAUAUUUCUCAUGUCGUCAUCGAUGUUAUUAAAGAACCUUGUUUUGGGUCUUCUUCUUUUUCUCUGACCAAUGGGUCUAUCAAGGAGUGUUUUUCUAGAUGGGUCAUUCUGUUCCAUCCGCAUUACAAACUAUAUCCACCUUAGACGUCCUAUCUUAAUGUGUUUUACGAUAUCUGGUUCCUGGUAUAUUCUAUAUAGUUCGAAGUUGUAUCGUCUUCUUCUUUACCAUGCUUCUUCGUUUUCAAAGAUGUGAAUUUAUCAUGUUACACUUUUGUUCUCAUACUUAAUUUUUCUUUGUAUCUAUCAUUUUUCGUACUUUAACUUGGGUCUUCUUGUACACCAUCUAUCAGUGUCGUUUUUGGUAUUUAAAAUCUUCGAUGAUGUUGGACUCUUCUUAUGUAUUUCUUCUUCUACUUCUUCGUCCACCAAUAUGAAAAUCUUUAGUACUUGUCUUGAUAUUCGAGGGUUUCUGGGCCUGUCUUGUGCAAACACUUUAGUAUAUGAUACUACUGGUCUUUAUGCAUAUUAAACCCCAACGACUCUCAGUUUUUCUAAGGGGAAAAUUCACUCAUUCCAGAUAAUUAUAUACAAUCAACAGGAUUGAUCUGUAGGUGGAUUUUUUAUGCUAUAUCGAGCCCUUGGUAAUCUGAUGUGCUGGAGUAUUUUUCAAAACUUUGAUACGAAUCCAUACGUAGCAAGCAGUACUGCUUUUGUGUAGAUGGUUCUUCGGAAUGACACCAGAAUAAUCUUCACUCAGAAUCGUAGCUAUCGUUUGGGUAUUUUGCAUUCUUGAUAUAAAUAUAAGUAAAGAGGCCAUGGAGAAUGUUUUACUUUAUUAUUAAAUUGUAUAAUUUUUACCGUUUUGUUCAGUCUACCCUUAUCAAAUUCUCCCACCAGUCUUGUUCUAAGCUGUCUAGAUCUUAAGGCUAUUAGUCUCCAUUUUAUAUUUUAUUACUUCGAGAUCUUCGUUUUUAAUAAGUAAAUUAUUUCUGCUUUCUAAUAAGAUUUUAACGGUUUUUAUAGAGUUAACAGGGACACGAUUGUUUCUAUAUUAUGCUAUAAAAGGCAUAUGGCGCCUUUGUACGUAUGUGCAUUCCAUAAUCAAAAACACGGAUAAGUGACCUGCCUUUCUGUCUUCGAGUUUGUUUACGAUAAACUUUUAGACAUAAAGAUAGGACAUCCAUGAUUUCUCCAUGAGCAAAACGCAGCUCUUUCUUACAGCAAAAGGUUACAACUACUGCCGCUAGUGUAUUUUUGUAGAGCGAAUAGAAGAUUUCUUCUAGGAAUGCUAAAAUAAGGGAUACAUAUAAAAUAAAAAUGAAACAAAAUGAAAGCAAAAACGGAAUUAUAUGAACAUUUCUUUCUGCCAUAUACCUUUGAAUACUUUUAUUAGUGCUUAGUUUUAUAGGCAUUAGGAAUGCUUAAUGAAUAGAAUCGAAAGUGUUUGCUUCUCUUAUCACGUUGUAACACUACGUAGAUAGAAUGGAUACUAUGUAUGAAUAAAAAUAAAAUCAAUAUAAGGGUUUUUAAGAUUUUUAAAACAGUUACUUAUACUUAUUCUAGAUGUAACGGACGGUUAUUUAAAUUAAAAUACGUUUAUAUGGGACAGUCAUAAUUCCUUCUUGGAAGAAAAUAUAUUCUUCCAAGAAGAAACAUAUCAAGCAGCUUGGUCUCAAGAAACAAAUAUGAGCGAAAAGAUAAUCAUUUCGCAAUAUGUGUGUAAUAUAAGAUGCCAAGACCCAUGUUGCGAUACGCAACAAAUUUUCGAUAUUUUAUAUAUUUUUUUACAUACGAAUUAUAUUCUUCAAUAUAUAUCUAUUUGUUUUUUUUUUGUCAAAGAUAUUUAUUUCAUUCAUUAUAAAUAAAUGAUUUUUAACUUUGUAUAAUCAAUGAGUGUAGGAGUGAAAUAAAGAAGUCACACAUACACUUAUGAUUUAUAUCGUCAACAUUCAACUGUCAUCUGUCAAAAUAUGAGCUCAAUUUGAUUAUUAAUUAAACUACAGUCGUUACAUGAAAACAUGAAAAAAUUCCAGCAAAUCCUUUGGUUUAUCGUAAAUUGAAGUUCCUUAAGAUAGCAAAGUAAGUAAAGACAUCAGACGACAGUUUAUUUACAAUUUUUAAUGAACAGUUCUUAGUGAGAAAGCUAGUUUCAAAAUGGACUUACGUCGAUUGCUUAUAGUCAAUCGAAAGCAACAUCGUUCAUCAACAAAAGUACAAUAUAACAUUCAAAUUGUUUUCCACAAUUGUUUCAGCCCAGUAAACAUCAGUUUUGUGCGUAAAUAUGUAAAUAAAUGGAACGUGGAGCCGCCACUCGUCUACAAAGUAAAAUCGAGAAUCAGUUGAGUGGAUAUCAGAAGAAGAUAGCCGUCCAAGGCAACCAAAUACGCAAAUAUUAAACAGUAAGAUUUUGGGUUUCAUCUUUUGAAAUACGUAAAGUACUUUGUGCUUUUAUUACUUAAGGGAAUAAAUUGGUGUGUUUGAAGGAAGAAAUUUUAAAAACUAGACCACAAAUAAAGAAGAAAACGUUAUCCAAGUAAAAUUUGAUCUACUGUGCUGCAUCCUCUUCUACAUUUAUAUUUCCCUAUGUCUAAUCUUUAUCUAUUUUUGGGAUAUCUCAUCUUUGAUAUGCUAGAAAUAUUUCCUUGUAAUUGUAACACACUUUUGUCGCCGUUUUUGCUAAUUGAGCACAGUAUGACUUCAGUCCAUUCUUUCGGUAUGUGUCCUCGUUCCCAUAUUUCUAUCACCAACUUUUCCAAAUGCUUAAUUAGUAUUGCUCUUCCACAUUUGAACACAGCUGUUACUUCAUUCUUUCCUGGGUCCUUAUUUUUCUUUAGUUUCUCUAUUAAUUCUGUUAUUAUUUCUUUUUCAUUAGGCGGUCAUUCCUUUGUUCGUUCUUGAUCGGUAUUUUCCUUUAAUUUUUCUUGAUAUUAUGUUGUGGGUAUUUCAUUUAAAAACUCUUCUUUUUCUUUUAUAGUGUACAAGUUUUUUGGUAAAACUUUUUUUCAUUUUUUACCCCUUGAUAUAAGUUCCUAAUUUCUCUAUUUUUAAAGCUUUUUUCUAUGCAUUUUAAAUUUACCUUCAUUGUAUUUUCUAUUCUUUGAUUUUAUGAUUAUUUUGGCUCAUUUUCUUUAUUCGUUGUAGGUUCUCUCUAAGUCUGGUGUUUUUUCUUGUAUCAUUUUGAUGUAUCGUUUUCUCGCAUAAUUUUUUUUAAAGAUGAUAAAAGCACCUACAUUAAAUAACUUCCAAUUGGUUCCACACUCACUGUAUUCUUCAGAUCUAACAUGUUACUGGCUGUUUGCAUAUUCCAAAAAAAUGCUCCGGUGAUUGAGGUGUGGAUAAAAUGUUUAGUUAAUUGCGAAAACUGUUGUAUAUUUAACGACAAAAGACAAAUCCUUCUAAAAGAACUUAUCAGAAUUAUUUAACCCUGACAUAAAUAUCGAUUGUAGUGUCUUUCGGUAGAUGGUUUAUCUUCUUGAAUAGGGGAAUGGAGAUCAUUGGGAAAUGAUCUAACAUUUCAGUUAUAGUUGGGACGAAAAUAAAGGUUCAGAUUCCCACCAAACAAUUACUCUUUUUAAAUGAUUCCUUUUAUGUAAGUACUUAAAAUAAAAAGAUCUGUAGAAUAGCGUAGAAAAAGGUGGAAAUAUGUGGUCAGUUAGUAUUUGGAACAAAAAGAAGUAAGACAAUGGGAAAUAGUGGUACAGGACCGACAAACGCAAUAGUAAACGCGGUAGACACUCACAAAUAGUUGUUACGUCGUUGAUGAAGAUGAUCAUGAUGAUUGCUUAAAAUUAGAGUCCAAAUCUAUAGAACUUAUUAACUCAAAAACUUUAGAUAACUUUCACCGUUUAUUCCUAUUAGUUUUCCAUAACAAAUUGAAUAAUGCGUAAUUGUGAAAGUAACAGAACUAAUAUUUAUAUUAAAAUCUUGAAUAUGUUGCCUGUGUGAGUUCAUUUCUAAUACUUAAAAAGAAGUAGAAGUUAAAGAAAUAAGAGUUACACUCACAAUCAAUUUAUUCUACCACCAACGACCUGUUCCGCAUUCUAUAAUUUACUAUGCAUCUUCAGGUCAAUGGUACGGAGUUAACUACAUGCUGAAAAUAUAAUAACCCGUAUGAAGGUACUGUCUGGUACAUAAUAUACAGCAAUCAUGCCAAAUAUAUGUGUGUGUGAUUAUUAAAUAUGACUUUAAAUUGAAUAAAUAAAACUUACGUGGAAAACGAACUAAAAUUAAAUAAAUAAAUAUUACUUACAUGCCGAUAAGGAUUAUUUUUAAUUGUUUGAGAAGACAUAGUUAAAAAACUGUUAUGGUAAACUGGUAACAGAAAAUUGAUAUAUUAAAAACCAAUUAUAUUGAUUUUAUAUGUAUCCAUUAGAAGAUAGUAUAUCAGUAAGUAAACAAUAGACACAUUUAUACACCACAUUUACACCUAGCUCUUAUUUCCACUGGUAUUGUAUACUAAAACGUCUUGUUUGUUUUUACAUCUUUUAUAAACAUAUUGUAUACUUGUAGUUCAUCGUGUUCUAUUAGAACUUGAUUCUCUUUAGGUAAAAACCAAAAAAAUGUAUUUAAGUAUUAUCACUAGUCUUGUACAAUUUCUUUGUUUACAUCGAAAGUGUGUUAUUUUAUUUAUUUUUGCAGUUAUUAGUUUUAUGCGAUUGUUAUAUAAUUUUGGUUAAUAAAUAUUUCACUUUCUGCAUUUU